GGGCCAAACCCAAAGAUGAUCUCUCCAACUCCAAGCAUACAUUUAUUCAAUGUGCCACAAGGGUAACAAAUUAGCUGAACUGUAAUUGCUUUAUGCCAUGGACCCAGGCUUCUUUAAUUCUUUUUCUUUAUGAUUAUGCAUUUUUUUUAAACCAGAAUUCAUGAAAGAAUCAUAUAAGCCCCCUACACCAAUAUGUUAUAUGCCAAUCACUCAAAAUUCUUCUAUGCCUACAACUAGGACUCUAGCUGUCAUGGAAAGAGAUAUCAACAUUGAGAAUGAUGCUCAUCAUAACAACUUGCUUAGCUCCUAUUCCGUUAUCUCUACCACCGUCACCUCCUCCUCUACAUCCACUUCCUCUUCCACUUCUUCCUCCUCCACGGCAUUCUCGGUUUCGGGUUCCAAUAAAAGCAAGAAAACUUCAAAAAACAGUGUAGCUCCGAAAGGGUCAAAGAGAGCUGGAGAUUUGGAAAAUGAUAGUGAAAGCAACAAGAAAAGACACAGGAGUUUUGAUGAUGAUGAUGGCAGCAAGCAUCCGACGUACCGUGGAGUACGAAUUCGAAGCUGGGGCAAAUGGGUGUCUGAAAUCCGAGAACCAAGGAAGAAAUCAAGAAUAUGGCUUGGAACAUACCCUACAGCUGAAAUGGCUGCUCGAGCCCAUGAUGUAGCCGCACUGGCCAUCAAAGGCCCGUCGGCUUACCUUAAUUUCCCUGAAUUGGUGAAGGAACUUCCUCGGCCUGCCAGUACGUCUCCCAAGGACAUCCAAGCUGCGGCUUCGCAAGCAGCCGCCGCAACAUUUCUCGAGACAAGGCGAUGCAACAUUGAAGCCGAGGCCGAAGCUGAGGCUGAAGUUGGACCAAGCCAAGAAGAACUUCCUGUUUCACAUUUGUCGCAAACUUCAGCCUCAGACAACGUACAAGAAUCAUCAAGUUCACCCUCUAUCGAUGACGACGACACCUUGUUUGAUCUGCCUGAUCUCAUGAUUGAUGCCACGGAUCGAAGCGAUGGAUUUUGCUCUUAUUCUUCAACAUGGCAAAUAUGUGCAGUCGAUGCUGGGUUCCGGCUUGAGGAGCCAUUCUCCUGGGAGUACUACUAGCUAGCUAUAGGAAAGAGAGAUCAGUUUCAGUACAUGGAAUCUUCUUCAUGGUCAAGAGUUCUAACUUUCAAAAUUCUUCAUCUAUCCACACAAUAAUCCCACUGCAUUCCCUGAGCAGCAGGAAACCCAAUCAGGAAAACUCGCUUCUGAAUUCGGUGGUUUCUUUUCUACUUUGGUUCAGAGAGUUACAAAUUAAUGGCAGUGGCAACGUUCUCAGCUUGUCUACAAUCUCCACUGUAAAAUAUGAGCACCAGAGAUAUAUAAACAAUAAAUAGCGAGUUGCUUCUUUGUUGAGUGUAAUUCGUGUUAACCAUACUUCACUCCAACUUUUGUUUUUGUAUUUUUGCCUCGCAAAAACAAGAAAUUGUUCUUUA